UCUCGUCCCUGAUUGGUUGUUUCACGGGCCUCGCAGCCAGAAGUCCUGCCUCCUGUCCCAGUGUGGCCUGAUGACGUCAGGAGCGGACAGUCCAUGAUGGCGGCGGAGCGGGGCGGCGGUCCCGGUUCUUCUGGGCCUGAUUACUCAGUUCUGGUGGUGGUGGGAGCGCUGCAGACCACCAACCAGCUGGAGCGGCUGUUGAAGCAGGUUGAGACAGGUUUGCGUCGCUGGCCUGUGGAUCUGAACGUUUCUGUUCUGGAUCAGCAGCUGAAGCUUUUUGUUUCCAGACACUCUGCGUUCCUGUCAGCAGAUGUUACAGGCCAGCGGACUCUGCAGCACAGUGGGGACGUCCUGGACACGCAGAUCGUGGUGAAUCCCGCUCACAGCUUUGUCUGCUUAGAGGUUCGGCGUCUGGUUUGCAGCCCGUCCCGCCACAAACUGCUGGUUCUGGCCGGUCAGUGCCUGGAGGACAGCGGCGAUAUCGUGUUGCAGCAGGGCUACUUCUCCUUUAACGACUUUAUUCACAUUUUUGCUGACGAGGAGGUGGGGGAGCUGCUGAGCUCUGCAGACCCGUCCAGAAAGGCCUCCCUCACCCUCAGCGGUCCAGAGUUCGGUCUGUGGACGGAUUCCGGCCUGCGCAGAAACAAUCUGCAGGACUUCAUGAGCAUCAUGAUAAACCCGCCCCCCUCCCUCCCCGAGAUGGAAGGCCUGCAAGAGUUCACCGAGUACCUGUCUGAGUCUCUGGAGCCCCAGUCGCCCUUUGACCUCCUGGAGCCCCCCAGCACCGUAGGGUUCCUGAAGCUGUCUCGACCUUGCUGCUACAUCUUCCCUGGAGGAAGAGGCGACUCGGCCUUCUUUGCUGUGAACGGUUUCAACAUCCUGGUGAAUGGCGGUUCUGAUCCACGCUCCUGCUUCUGGAAGCUCGUCCGGCACCUGGACAGGAUCGACUCAGUGCUCCUGACUCACGUCGGUGUGGACAAUCUGCACGGGCUGAACAAGCUGCUGCUGAGGAAAGUCCAUGAGAAAGAUGAGGAAGCUGCAGGGUCUCACAGCGAGGAGGAGUGGAUGAAGAACUUGAUCUCCCCAGAGGUCGGCGUGGUUUUCCUCAACGCCUCGGAGAGUCUGGAGUCCAUCCAGCCGGAUCUCCAGCAGCUGAGAAGUUGUGACCAGGCGGCUUUGACUCUGCAGCUCCUGAAGAGACUGUCAAUCAAACCCGAACCGCUGAGUCGGCCUGACAGAGCGAGCGUGGACGCCGUGGUCUUGUUUCAGAAGAUGGGGGUCGGCCGCCUGGAGAUGUACGUGCUGAACCCUGUCAGCGGCAGCAAGGAGCUGGAAGCCUUCAUGCAGCUUUGGCCAAACAAUGCAAACGCCUCAGAGCCGCCUCUAUCGUGCCUUGUUUCCAUUUGUGCUUUGUUGGUGUGGCACCCGUUCUGUCCUCAGGAGAAGAUCGUCCGGGUCCUUUUUCCCGGGUGCACGCCACAGACCAAAAUCCUGGAAGGACUUGAAAAGCUCAAACAUCUAGACUUCCUCAAAUAUCCCUCUGUGAGUCAGAAGGACCUCGAAGCCUUCAAGUCCGAGAGGCCACUAAAGCACGCAGGGAGCCGGGAAAGCCUCAAGUCCUCCAGACCGGGUAGUGCCUUACAGAGAGAAAAACUCGGGCGAGUGGAGGUCAUAAAACAAGACGCAAAAGGAAAGUCCAAGGUGGUUCACGAGAAUGCAACUAAAGAAAAACCAGAAGCAGAACCCAAACCUAAAGAGGCAGAUGUAAGACCCAAGCCUGCAAAACCUGCUGAAAAGCUUCCUCCAAGCAAAAACGUCCCAAAGGAGGAGAAGAAAGAUGUGAAGAAGAAGGACGAGAAGAGCAACCUCCCCGCUGUGAAGAAGGACGAGAAGAGCCCCCUCCCCGCUGUGAAGAAGGACGAGGUCAGAGAGAAGAAGAGAGAAGCUUCCAAAAAAGACCUUUUAAACACAAAACCAAAGAAAGAAGUCAAACCUGAACCAAAAAAAGAUGCCAAAAAGGACGUUAAAGCAGAGGAGAAGAAACCCCCGAAGACAGCAGGUAAGGAGGUGAAGAGGACCAGUGGAGGCGCCGAGCUGAAGAGGGGCUCCAGCCGGAGUGGGACCAUGAAGAAGGACAUUACUCUUCCAAAAAAAGCAACAAAAACAAAGUUGGAUUCAAAGGAGCAGGAUUCUUCCAAAGCGUCAGCGUCUGUGGAGGAUGAAGCUCAGACCAACGGCAACCAGCUGUCAGCAGCUGAGAGUCCCGAGAGGCUCCAGUCGGCCUCCUCAGCUCUCGCCAAAACACCAAAAAGUGACCUUAGUGUGAACUUUGACCUUACCCCCUACCAGCCAGCAGAGGGACCUCAAGCCAGAGGUGACGUCAGCCCAAAUUCAGUAGACAAAGACUCGGCUCCCAACAGCGCCGGGCACACCCCGUUCCACCAGUCCUCCACUGAGGACUUCCAGGGUUUUGGGGAGGACAGCAGCUUUGACGCCAGAGCCUCCAGUCUGGGAUUUGAGGAUUACAACCAGGCGGGUUCCUGCAGGACGUCGGACCUGAGCUCCCUGAGGGAGGGGCCAGAAAACUCCACCCUUCUGACCCUGAGCCCUCUCAGGGACCUGAUGCCGGACUCCUCCCCCACCAUGACCUCCAUGCCCGCAGAGGUCGGCUCGCCUCACUCUACAGAGGUCGACGAGUCUCUCUCUGCGUCUUCAGAACAAGCAGUGCCGCCCGCCGUCUACUCCAACGGCCACACGAGUGACCCGGACUGCAGCGGGGACGGUGCUCCGCCUCUCAAGUCAGCCCUCAAGCGGUGCUGCGGGAAUAGCUCAGAGGAGCAUAUCCACGGCGUUUCCGACCUGACGGGUGUCCCGCAUGAUGUGGACCUGUGCCUGGUGUCCCCCUGCGAGUUCCACCACCCCAGGACUGAGAGCCAGCAGCAGCACGUGAGUCCCGGCCUCGCCGCCGACGUCUCCCCAGAGCCGCCUCACAACAACAACAACAACUCUCAGGAGCAGAGCAGCAGCGAUGCCCCCUCCGCUGACAGCCAAGAAACCCCGCCCACAUCGGUUAGCGAGUCCCUCCUGACGGCGACGGACUCGGACGUCCCGCCGGCCACAGAAGACUGUCCCUCCACUACAGCAGAUCUGGACUCUGACGAUGACUCCAGCAGCUUCUUCCAUCCUGGUCAGUCACAUGACCACUCCAGGGCGGGGCAGCUUUCCUCCCACAACCCCCCGCCAGCCCCGCUCAAAGACCUGCCCCCGCUGCCCCCCCAGCCCAGAGCCUGUAUGACAGACCCCGAGGCGGACAAGAGCCUGAAGACUGCCAAAAAGAAACCGCUGCAGAGGACUGCCUCAGGGGGGUCUUCAGUCCAGAGCAGCAGGUCCAGAACCAGCACCUCUGCCGGGUCCAAGGCGACUCCCGCCCUCGACACCAGGCCCUCAUCUCGCAAUCUGCUCGGGGGAUCCAGAGGCGGAUCUGCAAAGUCAGCAUCUGCAGGUCUAGGUUCCAAGGCUGCUGGUUCUGAGGGUUCUGUUGUGUACGUGGACCUGGCCUACCUGCCGUCGUCCUGCGCCUCCUCCACCGUGGACUCGGACUUCUUCAGGCGCCUGCGCUCCUCGUACUACAUCAUCAGUGGAGACGAUACUGUAAAGGAGGCGUCCAUGAGGAGCAUCCUGGAUGCGCUGCUGGAGGCUAAAGGCGGCUGGCCCGACGUCCAGGUGACCCUCAUCCCGACCUUUGACUCGCUGGCGAUGCACGAGUGGUACCAGGAGACCCACGAGCAGCAGAAGCAGCUGCUGGUCACCGUGCUGGGCAGCAACAGUACCGUGGCCAUGCAGGAGGAAACCUUCCCAGCAUGCAAAGUGGAGUUCUGAGCCCCGCCCAGCUGCCCUCAUGCAGGGGGGGUGAGAGUUUCUUUAUUUAGUGAGCAUGCUUCAUUAGAAACCUUGAAUUCUCCCCUCGCCUGCGUGACGUCGUAGUGCCUUCUGGAUCAGCACAGCGGAGCAAACCCGGGCUGAAAGGUACAGACCCCUCCUUCCACGGACUGAUUCUGAAACAUUCGGACUGAAACACCUGACGACAGGUGUGUUCUGCGUAUCCAUUCGUCUGAAUCUCUGCUAUUAGUUUCAGGGCUGGCUUAUUUUAUUUUAUUUUAUUUUAUUUUGUUUUAAAUGUGAAUUUUAUUAUCGGUCCAGGUUUGAGUCAAUCAUUACCUCUUGAUGAAGUUUUAACUGUAAUGACGUCAAUCCUCCAGCCAGUUUACUGUCUAUAGCUGUGACUCCGCCCCCUUUUAGGUUUCAAUCAAACCAGACAGUAUUUCUAUGAGAGCAGUGAAACUGACAGAACGUCACCAUAGCAACAACAGAAGUUUUGGCAUUUGGGUUCUGUCUGAACCGGAGCGUUUGCAGUAUAGCAGACAUUAACCAUGAUGCUUUGUGGCGCUAAAACCACAGCUCGGAGGUGUUUUCCCUUAGCACAUCCAGAACGUUUGCAAUCACGGCUCCUAAUUGUUUCCUCAUUUUUAGGAAAGCCUCAAUUCAUCGAAACAAAAAACAGAUAAGAGAAGUCCAAAAUGAGUUUUUAUGUUUAUCAUACAGCUAAAGUAUCUGACUCCUUAUAACCUCUAAUUCCUCCUUAAAUAAAACGAGCAAAUACAUGAAGCAGCUGCUGAAACAAGCAACAUGUUUUGCAAUAGAUAAUUCACCGAAAUGUUGAAUUUUAUUUUUUUUGAAGGAAAAACAAAGAUGAAGUGAUUUCAUUUGUUCCUGCAGAUGAAGGAAACGGUGAAAAGAACGGCAGCAAAAAUGUUGUGUAACAAAAUACUAAUUUACUUGGAGAAAACAAGCUUAAGCUUUAUUUUUAUGCUGGAUUAGCUAAAGGAAAUGUCCAAUAAGGAAGCCAGAUUGGACAAAUGCUUUAAAAGUCAAAGAACGAUGAAGACUGAAUAACUAAAUAUGUUUUAAAGUUGGAAAAUAGCGGAAAAUAAACCUAAUAAUAAUAAUAAUAAUAACACUGGAAAAAAGGGUUAAUUAGUAAAUUAACUGGAGAAAUCCAAUUGCUGAAAAGGAGAAUAAAUGCUGUGCGCUAAAAACUAAAUAUGCAGAGAAAAAUUCAGCAAGUUGAAAAUGAAUAAUUGAGGUUUUUUGUUAACCGUGGUGAGAAAAGGAUAAAGAAAAGACGAUGAUUAGUUAACCCUUUAACACCAGGGCUCCAGUGUUUAUAAUCCUGAUUUACUGUAACUUUUCAACCGUUAACACGAUAAUGUACAGUACUACUGGAAUUAUCGUGAAAAUGUACUUAAAAAUGUAAACGUCACUCAGGUGUUAAGGGGUUAAAGGUUUGGUCUUUUCUUUCAGGAGGACUCUGUAAAGUAGAAACCUGGAAGGGGUACAGGAAGUUUGAACGGUCUGCUUCUGAUUUUAUUUUCAGAAACCAGAGUAUCUUCAGAUCGCUGCCUCACGAGGCUGUUCAUGCUGCAGGCAAUGCAUGCUGGGAGUUAGUUAGUUAGUUAGUUAGAGCUUUUAAAGCUGCAGGACGAAUCAUUUCAAGGUAUUUAUUGUUUUCACUUCUUCCAAAGUGUCCUUCUAAAACCCAGACCGAAGCCAAGUUCCUUCCAACCACUCGACUGAAAACUGUACGAAUAAACGCCGUGCACGCGCCCGCUCUUCCUUAAUCUGAGGCCGUGUCUUUCAAAGAAGCAGUUGAACAUUCUCUCGAGGUUCUGACCACCGACGAGCUUCAGGGUUUCAGAGCUCAAAUGUUCUUCUGCUACAUCUUGAGCCACAUUCCGACACACAACCGUUUGUGUAUUGCAACACUAAUGACACCCUUUCAAAAUAAAAGCACUUGUUCAACAGCUU